UCAGCAGGCUAGUUAAACUGGCAGAGGCGGACAUUGUUGUGGUAGCGGCUCAUCUCCGGAGGAUGAAGCGCCCGUAAUGAGCAGUAGAAGACACCGCCGCUCCGUCAACGGAAAUCUGCCUCCAUUCAAACGAAGCAGAGCGGAGCCUGACGACGCGAUGCCGCCGACCUGAAAACCCACAACAUCUGCGAGGUUUUGCAUCCGUGGGUAGCGGGGUACGAUCUCGGCGGACCCGAUCGGAGAUAAGCGCCUCCACGGGGCGGAUAUUUUCUCGAGAAAACGGACUGUUGAGCUCCGAGAGGCCUUCGGAAAACACAGCCCGCUGCUGAGGAGAUGAUGAUGAUGAUGGACUGACAUUAAUCGGAGCUUGCGGUGCAUCCUCACACCCGACCUCAUUAAGGCCUGGAAGAAAGCAGCCUAAAUUAAGAAAUCACAUGACACAAGAAGAGGAUGAUGUGAAAACUCUCAGCUGAGCAUCAAAUACAGCAACAUUUGUGGGGGUUUGAAUAAUUUCUCAGGGACUCUGUAGGUUUUCUCGCUCACAAUGGGCAGUGAAGGUGAGAUCAUAACCAGAGAGCUGUCAAAGAUCUCUGAUGAGGAUUUGCUGGCCUGCUCCAAAGAGGAGCUGGUGAGCCGGUUGCGUAAGGAGGAGUCAGAAAAGAUCUCUGCUCUGAUCCAGCGAGGCAGGCUCAUCAAGGAGGUCAACAAGCAGCUGCAGGGCCACCUCCUGGAAAUCAGGGAACUAAAAGUCAUCAACCAGCGCCUGCAGGAGGAGAACACUGAGCUGCGGGACCUCUGCUGCUUCCUGGACGACGACAGGCUCAAGGUGAAGAAGCUGGCCAGGGAGUGGCAGCUGUUUGGCCACCACGCCGCCAAAGUGAUGCGGGAGGACCUGGGCGGCUACCUGAAGAAGCUCGCCGACCUGGAACGCAUGCAGGACGGGCUGGUGAAGGAGAACCUGGACCUGAAGGAGCUGUGCCUGGUGCUGGAGGAGGAGUGUGUGAGCAGGAGCGACUCCAGCCCCGGCGGCUCCACGGAGCUCAACCUGCCCUGCAUGGUGGCCCGGGACUUGGGGGACGGGAGCUCCAGCACGGGCAGCGUGGGGAGCCCAGACCAGCUCCACCUGGUGUGCUCACCUGACGACUGACGGCCUCAGGGGGGGCUUUGGACUCCACAGACUAAAUUGGAGGCAUUAAAGGAUAUUUCAGGAUUUAAAAAAAAGAGGUUAUAAGGUUAUUAGAUGCUAAUAUCUUUACUAGCUGCAAAUGUGCGCAAAAAUUUCCGAUAAAAAUAACAAAAAUUUGGUAAUUGGUGUUUUCGUUAAAUAAAUCGCACCUGAAUAAGUUUAUACUUCCAGUUGCCUUCAUCUUCGUGGUUUCCGCCAGUAGUAACAUCGUUGUUGAUCAUGUGACUAGUGUGAUGCUAAAAACCCAAAUCAUUCUAGCCAAAACUUUAAAAACAAAUGGUCGUGUUUCCAUUAAGGGAAUUUGUCAAGUUAAAUUGUAUGGUCAAUGGAAAGGAAGCUACUUGCGUUUAAUUUUGAAAAACUGCAAUGGAAACACUUUUUUCACAUCACUUCUGCUUAUGGGCAAGCCAAGUUGCAUAUUAGCUAGUUAUUUGACUUGGACUAAAAUAUUUAGCUUGUAGCUACAUAAAUAGUACUUUCUAGGUAUUUAGGUCUGAGCUAAACAUUGAGUUUAGAAAAUAAAUAUUUAGUUUGAAAAUUUAAAAAAGAGUCACGUGAUCGGAUUUUGCCACUGGCACAAACC